AUGCAGACGGCAAAGGGAAAGGCUGAGGCGCUUGGACGGAAGGCCAAGCUCACUCAGUCGUACCAAGAGCUCCUUGACGAGUUCUCCAACAAGGACCUGAAAUCUGUCGGAAACUACACUCUAGGCCGGUUAAUAGGAAAAGGAUCCUUUGGCAAGGUUUACCUUGCUACCCACAAACUCACAAAUGGCUCCAAGGUUGUUCUCAAGUCGGCGAAGAAGGACGAUGCCAACCUGGCCCGCGAGAUUCACCACCACCGCCAAUUUGUACACCCACACAUAGCAAGAUUAUACGAGGUGAUUGUGACCGAAUCCAUGGUAUGGCUGGUGCUGGAAUACUGCUCGGGUGACGAACUCUACAACUAUCUGAUCGACCAUGGCAAACUCCCCGUCGAAAAGGUGCAAAAGACGUUUACGCAGUUGGUCGGCGCCGUGUCCUAUGUCCACCAACAGAACUGCGUUCAUCGCGACUUGAAGCUCGAGAAUAUCCUUCUCGACAAGAAUGAGAACGUCAAGCUGUGCGACUUUGGCUUCACCCGGGAAUACGAGGGCAAGGCCAAUUACCUUCAGACCUUUUGCGGCACCAUAUGCUAUUCGGCCCCCGAAAUGCUAAAGGGAGAGAAAUACGCCGGCGAGAAGGUGGACGUGUGGAGCUUGGGGGUCAUCUUAUACGCUUUGCUCACGGGUGAGCUGCCGUUUGACGACGACAACGACCAGGUCACGAGAACCAAGAUAUUGACGGAGGAACCAAACUAUCCCGAUUUUAUACCAGCCGACGCCUUGUCACUCCUCAAGCUGCUCCUCUCGAAACGCCCCCUGCUACGACCGACACUACCGGAUAUUCUGGCGCAUCCUUUCCUCGCCGAGCACGCACCGCAGCAGCAAGAGAUCCUCAAACUGGAACGACCGGCACCUUUUUCGACCCCUCUUGAGAAGGAGGUACUGCACCGGAUGAAGAGUGCCGGGGUGGAUAUCGAGGCUGUGAUGGAGAGCGUCAUUUCUCAACGAUGCGAUGCUCUGGGGGGUUGGUGGACGUUGCUGCUCGAAAAAGAAGUACGCAAAGUGAUACGCAGAGAGAGGAAACGAAGAGAGAGGGCCGAGAAUAGGAAUUCACGCCGCUUUUCCCAAGCUUCCAGUCGACUGAACGCUCUGGCGACGGUCGAGGAAUCCCAGUUCGCGAAGCUCUCAGAUACCCCCCAUAGGACACGGGGCCGGAGCCAGAGGAGAAGCGCCCACUACCCUAGCUUGACGAUUCCGGACUUGCCCGGGUUUGCCGACUUUUCCAAGACUGGAAACGGAAAUCUUGCUCUUAGUCCUGAUGGGGAGGUGCCACCUCCACCGAUUGACAAGGACUCGAUAAGGUCAGUCAGCUCGUCGAGGCAUCGGAGGCCGAUCCCACCACCAAAGGAAGGGGUUCUAAGAAGCGCACGCUCUAGGGGCAGCACCCUCCAUCUAGUGACGACAACAGACGCGCUAGAGGCCACCACCACCUCGCAGGCAGGUGACCCAAAGAAGGUGAAGAAACGACCGUCACAUGCCAUCCUUGCGACGUGGAAGAACUGGACACAUUGGCUCUUUGAGCACACGGGGAUGAAGAAUGCCAGCAGGCGUGGAGGAAGCCAGUCGGCACCUAACCUUCUUUCCAAGCAGACAAGCGCAAAGGAUACCAAGUCAAAAGAUGCCAGUCCCCGGCCCCAGACCAGCAAGUAUCCGGUGAGCGGGUCUAAUGCAGCUCCUGCUACCGCCAGCCUACCCAAGAGUGUGGUUGCCAAUGGCUACCCACCCCGCGGCUCUUCGGCAGCUCAAGGGACGUCGUCCAACCCAAUAUCGCCGACCUUGUCGACCCCAUCCAUGCACCAUCCCCGGAUGCCCAGCUCCUCUGGGUACAAACGGCAGUCCAUGUCGCCUUCACCUUUGACACCCCGCUCAACCAUCCGGCGAUCCUCUGGGCCCACUGGACUCCGCGGACGAAAGUCUACCUCGUCAUCUGUCUCGUCAGUGCGGUCCCUGCAUCACACGCACCACCAUAGCCACAGCAAGGCUAGCUCAACGUCGUCGAACGGUUCCGUCUCCACGUCGGUUUCCAAGACGCCAAUGCAGAAUGCUCGAAGUCCCCACCACUCUGUCAAGGUUUUACCGGCCACUCCUACCGGCAACACCUUUCCCAGCAACAUCCGUCUUGUGCGGGACCGCAGCGGACCACCCCUGAGCGUCUUCAACGAAGGACUACCGGCCUUCAACGGAGCCAUGAUUCCACAGCCCCCAGGCAGCCCGAACCCGUUUUCGGGUAACGGAGUCAUGUUUGCCAAACGCAAGCGGAACAUCUUCAAGGGGCCCAUGCUGAGUUUGUCAGGUUCAAGAGACACACGCAGUUCGGGGUCUGGAUCAGCAAGCCACUCUAGAAGUGCGAGUGCUAGCGGUCUCGGGCGUAGGAGCGGCGAGAUGGCGAUUCAGGAGGUGGACGAGGACGACGAAGACGACAAUCUGACCGAACGGGGAAGGGGUCCUCCCAGUGUGACAGACGAACUUGAAGAGGUGGAAGAGGUUGACUCUUUCUCGCCAAUCGUCAAAGGCCCGGGCGAGAUUGUGGAGGAGAGGAUUUAUGAGGAGGGAGAGGAAGAGGCAGAGUUGAAAGCUGGGUUGCCUGGCUUGCAGCCCGCGGCGACGAUAACACCAUCGCCCGUGUUAUGA